AUGGGCGGUGCCGUCAACGUCGAGGGCAACGUGACCCCCGUCGCCGAGUUUAACUGCUACGCCGACACCGUUGCCGCCGCCCGCGUCUACGCCCUGACCUCGCCCAACCCGGCCUCGACCAUGCCCCCCGUCAUCCACGGCAAAUCGGUCUUGCCUCCUUACCCCGCCAAGCUUUCCAAGCAGCUCAAGCUGACCCUCUUCCCUCUCGACAUCACCACCCCACUCGCGCUGAGGAAGAACUACUUCUACAAGACCAUCCAGCCCAUUACCCAGUCUGGCAGCCCGCUUGCGCUGUGGAUCGAAACCUUCAUGACGGGUAUCUUCAACAAGGUCGAAACCAUGCUCGGCGACGGCAGCGAGCCCGACCUGUCCCUUCACGACCCGUCGUGCAUUUGGUACAUGCUGACUCAGGACGAUCCUGCAUGGACACCCGUACCAAAGCCGGAGGAUAUCAGAAUCGAGACCUCCGGCCAGUGGACCAGGGGCAUGCACGUGGUCGACAGGCGACAGAGGGCGAAGCCGGGUGAGGAGUCAAGCAAGGUGGAGACGCACCCGUCGGACCCUCUGGAUGCGACCACCUUCGACGAGGUCCCCGGAGACGACAUGGGCUGGCUGAGCGUGAACAAGGGCAACAGGAUCAACAGGAUGGUCAAGACGCCCGGCGACGAGAAGUUUGCCGCCAUCUUGAUGGAUAGGCUAUUUGGUUAA